AUGGACCUUUUUCGCGUCCGUUUGAACUGUAUAGACAGUUACCAAGCCUCGCCCACCAAAUUCGAUCCCGUGCUUCGAAACAAUGUCAAACCCUCACAAGCGCACAAGGAGCCCAAGGUUCCUAUCAUCAGAGUGUUUGGUGCUACUGAAACAGGCCAGAAAGUUUGUGCUCAUAUUCACGGCGCGUUCCCAUAUCUAUACAUCGAGUAUACGGGGAGCCUAGUUCCCGAUGAAGUGGGUGCCUAUAUUCAUCGACUCCAUCUUUCAAUCGAUCAUGCACUUGCCGUUAGUUAUAGGCGCAAUAUACACGACGUAAAUGCCAAGUUCGUUGCGCGCAUCACUCUUGUCAAAGGAAUUCCAUUUUAUGGUUUUCAUGUCGGAUAUAGAUAUUACUUGAAGAUAUACAUGCUGGACCCAAUGGUAAUGACUCGACUGGCAGAUCUCUUACGACAGGGUGUUGUCAUGAAGAAAGUCUUCCAGCCAUUCGAAGCUCAUCUUCAAUACCUCCUACAAUGGAUGGCAGAUUACAAUCUAUACGGGUGCGGAUACAUCGAUUGCAGCGUAGUCACGUUCCGUUCUCCAGUACCAAAGUAUGAGGAACUAGUUAACAUGUCCCAUCUUUGGCAUGACAGAUCAAUUCCCGGCGAGCUAGUGACUGAGGAUGCUGAACUUCCAAGAGUCAGUCACUGCUCCAUUGAGGUAGAUAUAUGUGUGCAGGAUAUCAUAAAUCGACAUGACAUCAAACCUCGGCCACUUCACCACGAUUUUAUUGAACGCCUGAAUCCACUAGGUCCAGAUGAGAAGUUAGUGCACAGCAUGGCAGGUCUAUGGAGAGAUGAAGCGCGCCGUCGUAGGUCGAGGGUGUCAGAUCCUGAACCUGGUAGCAGCCUGUUUCCUGCUGAAGCCAUGAUCUCAAUGUCCGCCGAUUCUCGAAGCUCGCGGUCUGAUGGAUGGGUUCAUGAAGAAGAGUACAGAGAAAAAGUCAUGGAUUUGAUUGCAGAUGAAAAGGGCAAGAGUGAUGGCGCAAAGAUUUCUUUCACUACGUUCGUCCAGCAUAGCCCGUUUGAAGCGACAGUCAGAACGAGUCUGGAAUCCGUCGAAGAUCUUUUCCCGGAAAACCUACGGCAAGCGCUUGAGUUGGUACCAAAAACUAGUAUAAGAAGUAUCCAUUACGAUUUAAAUGACCAAGAAAUUGGGGAUGUCGACGAGAAAGGAAUUUUGGCCUUCGAUCUUAGUGGCCAUGAUGGGGGUGCUUACGAUUCUGACGACGAAAGUAUGCGGGGGAUGGAGUUCUCUCAAAGAAAGCAAGGAGAUCAUGUUGAAGAGACGCAUCUGGACCCGGCCGACAUCAUUCAAGAAGAACAUGAGGUUGAUAAUGAAUCACAUCGAGAUGGCGCCCAAUUCGAGGAGCAAUCCCUCAAUUUGUCUGAUCCUGAUACCCUAAACAGCCUCACAAAAUCUUCAGCCAUGGACCUAACAACUGAGGAUGCCGCAAUCGAACCCUCACCGUCCAAUUCACUGGAUUCUAGUUACGUUUCGGUUUGUUCGGGACCUCAAGAAAACCCUCCCGAUCAUCUUUCCGUUCAAGCCCAUCGCAAGUCUCCUGAAAAGAACCUGAAACGGCCAGAAUCUCCAGUCAAGCAAUCAAAUUCUGUUAACAAACGACAAAGAGUAUCUCUUGGCCAGACCCGCCGUCCCGAUAUUUCACUCGUCGACCCUGAACGAACUGUCGAUUCAGAUUAUGUGAAUCACCGAAACAUGAGGAAAGUCUCGCUGGCAGAGACAGCAUCACUUCAUGAAGAUUCUAAGCUUGGGCAGAUGAUGAGAAGUAGGCCCAAUACGGACAACGUUUCGCUCUUGGCAACAGGUCCCCGAAGGGAAAGUUCAUCUCAGGAUCGACUGUACGAAAGACCUCAGAUGCAGCCUCUCAGGUUUCCAGUCGUUAAAGAUCCUCAUGAUCCCAAUACAAUUCUAAGAAUAAGUCAGAAAAGUGCUUCCCAGCUCAGCUCUCCUGAAAGGAAAUAUUCAGUCACAUAUAAUCCUUCGAAGGCUAGUGAAUUUCCGAGUUCGGAUAUUUCGCUCCGUUCUGUUGGAAUAUGUACUCCGAGAUCAAACAUCCUUGUGCAUAUGAGGAAUAGGAUUGAAAAACAGGACAAUAGUGUGAUAUUAUUGGCUUUGGAUGAGUUGCCGCCAUCUUCCGUUUCAGUAAUAUCCACUAUGCAGAAUUUCAGUCUCCCAGAAGUAAUCUAUCAGGACGCUUUCUACAGCAAUGAAAGAGAUGUCCCUGAGCGUGCCCGUGAAUGGGCGGGAAGAGAGUUCAAACUUGAGAGUUUGACCGUCCCUUUCCUUCCCGAAUUCGAUCCUACUGGUAGUUCCGAAGCAACCUUUGGUGACAAGACAGCUAUCGUACUGGAUAAGCCGAAGGUAGAGAAAGUCCACGAAUCUCGACGACGUGCCUGCGGUCUUCGAAGUUGGGAGAUGGCAAAUUCCCCACCUGCAUACGCUGAAGUGCAUAGUUGGUUUCGUAGUGAAGAGGCGGCGAGGUUAGCAAAUGCAACUACGUCUCACGUUCCGUUACGAGUAGUUGCUGGCUCGCAAGGAAAAGGCAAGCUUUCUCAGGUUGAGGGUCCUACCCAGAAGAAUAAGCAUGGAUUCAAAUAUACACAGAACCAGGCAACCUGCAGCGUUCAGCAUGAAGCGCAGUACAUGAGCACGAUGAGCUUAGAGAUCCAUAUAAACACAAGAGGUGACUUUGUCCCCAAUCCAGAGCACGACGAAGUCCAGUGUCUGUUUUGGGGUUUGCACUCGGAUCAGGCAGAACAUGAGAGCAAUAGUAACACAGAAGGCAUUCGCGUUGGAGUUGUCGUCCUUUCGGGAAAUAACACGAUGGCUCAAAAUAUUGCCAAGCAAGUUGGCUUUGAAAUUGAAGAAGAGAGCUCAGAACUUGAUCUCAUGAUCCACAUGGUCGAUAUCGUGCGAAGCUAUGAUCCUGAUAUCCUGACGGGCUAUGAAGUUCACGGUAGUUCUUGGGGAUACCUUAUCGAGCGCGCGCGCCUGAAAUAUGACUACGAUCUGUGCGAUGAAUUUUCUCGAGUGAAGGUCCAGUCCCAUGGACGGUUCGGCAAGGAUAACGACAAGUGGGGGUUCAACAAUACUUCAUCAAUCAGAGUGACUGGCAGACACCUAAUUAACAUCUGGCGGGCUAUGCGUAGCGAACUGAACCUUCUCCAAUACACAAUGGAAAAUGUCGUUUUCCACUUGCUUCAUCGUCGAAUACCUCACUUUACUUGGGCGGACCUAACCAGAUGGUAUACCAAUGGCAGACCUCGAGAUCUUGCCAAAGUCAUCAAGCACUACAUUUCCCGGGUCCAGCUUGACUUGCAAAUACUCGAGCAGAAUGAGCUCAUUGCCAGAACGAGCGAGCAGGCUCGUCUACUUGGCGUGGACUUUUUCUCUGUGUUUUCUCGUGGCUCGCAGUUUAAGGUUGAAUCAUUGAUGUUCCGGAUUGCGAAGCCAGAGAAUUUUCUUCUAGUAUCCCCCAGUAGAAAGCAAGUUGGUGGGCAGAAUGCACUUGAAUGCUUGCCACUCGUUAUGGAGCCGCAGAGCGCAUUCUAUACCAGCCCCGUGCUCGUCUUGGAUUUCCAAAGUUUGUAUCCAAGUGUAAUGAUCGCCUAUAAUUACUGCUAUUCCACGUUUCUCGGCCGUGUCGUAGACUGGCGAGGCACGAACAAGAUGGGCUUCACAGAGUUCAAAAGGCAGCAACGACUUCUUGAGCUUCUCCAGGAUCACAUCAACAUUGCGCCGAAUGGCAUCAUGUAUACGAAGCCCGAGAUACGAAAAUCCCUCCUGGCCAAGAUGCUGAGCGAAAUCCUCGAGACUCGUGUAAUGGUGAAGAGCGGUAUGAAACUCGACAAAGAUGAUAAGACACUGCAACGUCUGCUUAAUAACAGACAGCUUGCACUGAAGCUCAUCGCCAAUGUUACCUAUGGUUAUACCUCUGCGUCCUUCUCAGGUCGUAUGCCAUGCUCUGAAAUCGCAGAUAGCAUUGUGCAGACUGGUCGGGAAACGCUUGAAAAGGCCAUUGCUUUUAUCCACUCUGUUGAACGCUGGGGUGCGGAGGUAGUGUAUGGCGACACCGACAGUUUAUUUGUUCAUUUGAAAGGUCGUACCAAGGACCAGGCAUUCGAUAUUGGCGAAGAAAUUGCAAAAGCCGUUACAAAUAUGAAUCCACGCCCAGUCAAGCUCAAAUUCGAAAAGGUCUACUUCCCAUGUGUUCUUCUAGCAAAGAAGCGCUAUGUAGGGUUUAAAUACGAAAGCAGGGACCAAACCAAACCAGACUUUGAUGCAAAGGGCACCGAGACCGUGCGCAGAGAUGGCAUACCUGCUGAGCAAAUGAUCGAAGAAAAGGCGCUCAAGAUCCUAUUCCGGACCUCUGAUCUAAGCCAAGUCAAGAGCUACUUCCAAAACGAAUGCGAAAAGAUCAUGAAAGGCUCCGUCUCUAUCCAAGACUUUUGCUUUGCCAGAGAGGUCAAACUUGGAACGUAUAGCAAUAAAGGCCCACCGCCACCUGGUGCCCUUAUCAGCACAAAGCGCAUGCUGGAAGAUUCCCGGGCGGAGCCACAAUAUGGUGAACGUGUCCCAUAUGUUGUUAUCACAGGUGCACCAGGAGCUCGAUUAAUUGAUCGGUGUGUAGCACCUGAGAAACUCCUCGAGGACGACCAUUGUGAACUGGACGCCGAGUAUUACAUCUCCAAAAGACUAAUACCACCUUUGGAACGGAUCUUCAAUCUUGUCGGGGCCAAUAUUCGAAGCUGGUAUGACGAGAUGCCCAAAGUCCAACGUAUUCGCAGGAUUGACACCAAUAUCCAGCUACAAGGACAAUCGAAAGAGCUUGGUAUCAAUAAGAAAACACUGGAAUCGUAUUUGAAAUCCUCGUCGUGCGUUGUCUGUAAGGAGAAGGUUGAGACUGAUGGCCCGGUCUGUCCCGGGUGCGUGGCAAAUAGGCCUUGGUCCAUAUUCUCUUUGCGGACGAGAUUGAGCCAUGCAGAGAGGAAGUUCAUGGACCUUCAGAAAAUAUGUCAAAGCUGCUCAGGCAUCUCGCCGUUGGAUGAGGUAAAGUGUGACAGCAAGGACUGCCCGGUAUUUUAUAGUAGAACGAGACAAAAGGCCCGCUUAAAGACAGAGCGAGCUAUUAUUGAGCCUGUGAUGACAGAGUUAACUGGAAGUUGUGUUGAUUUGGAAAGCCUGGAGUGGUAG